CCUCAUCACGCUCUAUACCCCAAUGCUGCUCCGCGUUAUAUCCGUGGUAGGAUGAGUCACGGCGCUUAAUUGCAACACUAUAGAUUGCACAGCUCAUUUCGGGUUCUCCGCAACCAGGGAUAAGUAGCCAAACCCCCGCAUCUGUUGUGGUCCAGAAACUGGCUGCUGUGACCCUGGCAUUUGCCCUGUGAUCAGGGUGAUAGGUUAUUCAUCUGAUCACACUGCAGCCUUGUGGAUCAUUUUAUAUUAUUUAUAGGGGUAUGACUGAUCAAACACGAAGAUAAGAGAUGAGGAAGGGGUCCUUCCCAUCUCUCUCUCUCUCUCUCUCGUAUUAUCGAGACUGCUGAAAGGAAUACAUAAGCACUGGUUGGAUUCGAUCAGGGUUCUACUACUCAAUCAACUUUGUAUACGAGUCUAUGAGGCAGAUGAGUGAACUAUUGCCACCGGGCCAGGACCGGUGUCACUUGGAAAAUCUACCUGUGGAGAUCCUUCAGGAGAUUUUCUUCCGCUGUCUUGAAUUCAAUCUCCCCCGGGCCUCCUUGUAUAUCUCGAGGGUCCUUUCUAACUCCACUAUCUACACUUGGCUUAUUCGACUCGGGUUCAGCAGUGCCAACCUGGGUUCAAAAAAUGAUUUCUUUACCCCAGACUUUCUACCACCACCUUUGAACUACUUUGCGCUCUCUGAACAGCAGAGAAGGGAUCUUCAAAAUGACAUUCUCGCUUCUCGUUGGUGCACGCUACCUUUGAUACGCAAGUGCCAAAGGGAGUACGUGGAACAUGCCAUUCGUCGGAGAUGUGGAAACCUACACUUGGCCCCUGAAGACCAAUAUGCUCUGGCCAACGUCAAGAAUCGCUUCGGGGACCUGGAAGGUUGCGACAAAGGUUGGGGAGGAUAUCGCAGCAAAGGAGACAUGAUUCUCAAGGCUCGGGACCGGGACACCGACGAAGACUACAAGGUCGCGAUAUGGUUUCAUUUCGGGGCGUUUCAGGUCCGCAAGCCUAACAAGCUGUUUACCGACUUCGAUCUCUUUCGGCUUCCAUGCUGCUUGCCGGAGUUGCCGCCUCGUAUGCCGGGCAAACUGCUCGGCGCGCCAUGGACGGACACGAAACUCGAAUUUCUCCAACUACUCUCGAUGGAAGCGUACAUCGACGAGGACGACUCGUUCGACCGUUCCCGGCGCCUUCUUCGACAAGUCAUUCGGGACCGUGAUUUUGCGACUUUCCAGCGAUUGAUCAGCAUGCACAUCCGCUGCCAGUGCUAUAAAUACCCGCUGCCCUGGCCCGUUCUCCCCAACCACUUCCAGGUAGCAUUAAAGUAUGCGGACAAGUAUGACGAUCCGUUCAUAAAACUACUAGUCGAGCAACGUUGGGAGGACAUCCCAGCAAAUCUCCUACAUCUUAAAGACAAUCUGAUGGCGAAAGCGGGAACGGGCCAUAUAUGUUAGAUCUUCUUUAACUUUUUGGGAUGAAGCAAGCAUCUAUUAUUA